UGAUUUGCUGUUUCUACGUGACGUCGUAUGUGGGCGUGAACGAUAGAACGUCAACAAAAGAGACGAAAGCAGUGAAGAGGAGAGAAGAGACAACAGGAUAGAGAGAAGGAAAGGAUAGAUAUGUGGAUUUAAACCAUCAAACAGUAUAAAUACUGUAGUAAAGGUUCUUCCAGUGCCAGCUGAGACAUGGACGCCUUGAGGCUGAUGAAGGAGCUGCGGGUGAACUAUGAGCAGGAGGUUCAUUAUCUCCCCAAAGAGGCAGGUCUGAGUCUCAUUGAGUCCACGUCACAGGAUGACAGUCGGAUCUCAGCCAAGUGCAGAGAUGCCAAAGUGGAGGACUUGUGGAGUCUCACCAGCUUCUUCGGUUACAGCACACAGACCUUCGUCCUGGCUGUGAACCUGCUGGACAGAUUCCUGGCCAUGAUGAGGAUCCAGCCCAAACACCUGUCCUGCGUCAGCCUCAGUUGCCUCCACAUGGCAGCCAAAGUGACGGAGGAGGAAUGCAACUUAACCCCCACCGUUGAGCUAAUCCGCAUCGGACAGUGCAGGUUCACUGUGUCCGACCUCUGCCGCAUGGAGAAGAUUGUCUCGGAGAAGCUGAACUUCAAGUCCAAAGCCAUCACUGCCUUGACUUUUCUGUACCUGUACCACCAGAUUGCACUUUCACACUCCACUGAAGGGAAGCAAGUUCUAAACCUGGAGAAGCUGGAGGCUCAGCUGAAAGCCUGUCUGUGCAGAAUCUCCUUCUCUAAAGCCAAGCCGUCCGUUCUGGCCUUGGCUCUCUUAAGGCAGGAGAUCGAAGCCGCCCAAUCAGAGGACAUGUUGGAAAUAGUCUUUAACAUUCAAAGACAUCUGAAGAUAGCAGACAGUGAACUGUUACUGUGGAGCGAGCGUGUGGCCCAGUGUUUGUCUGACUACGCUUCCCCCGAGUGCAGCAAACCCAACCACAGGAAGCUGCUGUGGAUUGUGUCCCGGCGCACAGCCCAGAACCUGCACAGCUACCGCAGUGUCCCUGAGCUGCCCACCAUUCCUGAGGGAGGCUGGGACGAGAGCGAGAGUGAGGACUCGUGCGAGGACAUGUCAAGUUCGGGUGAAGAGUCUCUCAGCAGUUCUCUGGGCAGUGACGCUGAAGGACAGUUUUUUCCUCUGCACUACCGUCGCCAAAAACAACGCAAAGACCUCUGCGCCUGAAACCCUGACCCCGGGCCUUCCAUUCCUUCAACGCACCGCUCUUUAUCAUUUUUAUUGUAAUAACUUAUUGUCCUCUAAUACCUGGUGCUAGUGAAGAAACUGGUAAACAUGGCAGCUGAGCCCUGUCUGGAGUUUUCAAUAAGACUUUUCUAGAUUUAAUUUUUUUUGGAUGUUUGCUGGAAAAUAUUCACAUUCCAGUGUGUGAGAGUUUGGCAAAUCUGGGUCCACGUCCACACUGCUGCCUGUUCAUUGAAAAAACAGAACUUAAGCUUUUCAAUGAAGUGGGAGUAAUGUGACAGUGAUGGAAACUGGUCAUCUGGGUCAAAGGUUAAAGGUGCUGAUUCUGACCAGAGACACAACCUUCACCAUCAGUGAACAGUAUUGCCAAAUUUUGUAUUGUUAGUUUUUCACAGAACAUUUUGUGACUGUUAUUAAUCAAUGACUGUUUUAUGUAAAGGUUAAACGAAGUUUUAGUUUUGAAUGGAGGACAAAGGUCGCUCAAGGUCACGGUAUCUGAGCAGAAGCGAAUGUGACAGUGAAAGACAGCUUUAUCAGCAGGUCCGAUGUUUUUAAAGCUGUUCCUGUACGGCCUUUUUGGUCCAAUCAGCUGAACUAAAAAGACUGUCUGGGUGUUUUAACAACAUAGCAGCUGGACCUUGACUGUUACGCCAUACUUGUGGAGGAUUAAGUGGAGCCGCUCUGUUUCUCUGUUAGAAUUAAUUUGCACAUUUUAAAUUUUGUUCUCAUUUCAAGUGUUGAAAGGUAGAAAACUGGAGUUUGAGUCUGAGAGAAACACCUGUAACAUUUUUUGGAACUUUUAACUCAAAAUCUCUGCAGGGUGUUUGGUUUAAAACCUUUUAUUAAGUGUGUGUGUGUGUGCGUUUUGAUGUGUCUGAUUUGAUUUUAUGUUGCCAACUUUAGGAUGUAACUGAAAAGGUGUUUGGUGUAGUGGAACUGUUCAGAGAGAAGGAUGAAUGAAAUACUGAGUUACUGACCAAGCGUCAAAAAAAAAAUUAAAAAUGUAAGAAAAUGUUAAUAGAAAAACUUGUAAAAACUGUAAAUGGUGUAAAAAAAAAACCAUUCAGAGUUCUGUGUAGAUA